AUGUACACUCGGCGGGAAGAAGACAAUCUCACUGCAUCGAAACAGCCAUUGCUGUAUGGAAUGAACAUUCUGUUCAUAAUAUUGUCGACCAUUGCGAUUGUUCUACGCUUCAUCUCGCGACGAAUCGGCAGAGUCCGCUGGGGCCGAGAUGAUACUCUCAUCGUCUUAGCCUGGGUGGCCACCAUGGCCUUCUUCGUUAUAAUGAUUGUUGACGUCCGCUACGGAGGCACCGGAUUGCAUGUCGCGUACAUAAUGGAGACUGACCCAACCCAAUCGGUCGUGUUCUCCAAACUCAUCAUUGCGGUUUCAAUAGUAUGGUGUGUCUCCACAGCUCUCUCGAAGUUGACCAUCCUGAGCCUCUACAUUACCCUUUUUGGCAUCAACAAGUCAGCGCGCUAUGCCUGCUAUCUCACUGGGGCUAUCGUCAUCGGCUAUUCAGUCGGGGGAUUCUCAGCGUGCUUUGCCGUCUGCAGACCUCUCAAAGCCCUCUGGGACACCAACGUCAAAGGCACCUGUUUCGAUCUAAACAUGCUCCUCCGAUGGAUCCGACUUCCAAACAUCGUGUCGGAUAUUGCCAUCAUGAUCAUCCCUAUUCCGUAUGUACUGAAGCUACAAGUCACGGGACGUGUCCGCCUCGGCCUUAUCGUGACCUUCCUGUUUGGCAGUGUGGGUUUUAUAUUUGGUGUCAUAUGCUGGAGCGAGUACCUGAAGACCGAUGCGGUGGCCGACAAGACGUGGUCGGCCAUCUACAUCUUCGUCUGGAGUGACGUUGAGGCAGGCAUGUAUUUCAUUGCCACUUGCUUCCUGGCCUACCAACCCCUGGUGAACCGCAUAUGGUCGCGGCUGAGCUCGAGGGUGGCUUUCAGCAAGAAUGGUAAAUCCGCCGGUCAGCCGGAAAACACCACCGACCGCAGUACUACGCCUUUUGCCUUCAGCCGUUCCCCUACUCGGUACGUGGAGAUCACCAAAGAACAGAGCUUCUCCGUCUCUGUGGGGGACCAGGAGGACACCAUUGGAUUGGUGCCCGUGGCGCACACCAUACCGGAACCUCAAUUUGGAUCCCGUUUGUCCCGUUAG